UGGGAAUGAAGUGAAUAUAAAUAGAAAUGUCCAGGGGCUGUGCAAAUAUGCCUGAAAGUUUCAUAUUUAAAGUGACUUAUGUGCAUCAGGGAAACAGAAUAAAAUAGAAUAAAUAACUAAUGUCCACGAAUGUGCAGGUGUGCAGUGACCACUAGUGUCAAUGAAUGUCCUGAAUGUCUAGAGUCAGUGCAAGAAACAUAUGUGUGGAUGUGCAAAAUGGAUCAGUACUAUGUGGUGUACUGAUUUAGAGAUAUACUUCCCACAUUUGAUUUAUGUAAUAAUUAAAUGAAUACGAAAAACUGCCACGUACGGAGAAGACGAUCUGCGAGCUCUCCGCGCAUUAAGUCCUCUAGCUGCUGAUGAGAUCUUUCCAUAUUCAUUCACACACUAUAUUUUAUAUAGUUACUCUUACCGAAUUCAUAAGCUUAUCCUUGAUUGUCUCACUUAUUUAUACGUCUACAUGUUUAUUUAUUAUAUAUUUCUUCUUUCAUUAUUUUAUUGUGUCUUCGCGUUAAAUAAUAUGAUUCUAAAAUGAAAUUAUUGUGUGGAACGAAGAGUAGCAUGAACCCCGAAAUCAGAACAAAAUAAUUUUAUUGCCGAUGUACAAAAUUACAAAGAAUUUGUGUUGGAGCUGGUCAUGGCAUGAAGACCUGACACUUAAAACUCACAAGCAAAACAAAAAGUACACACAAAAAAGAAAUAUAACAAAAAUACAAUAUAAUAAUAAAAUACAAAUCAACUGCACGUAGUAAAUAAACACAUAGACAUAUAAGUGACGUCUGUACUAGAUGUACGGUACAAGCAGCUUUGAGGUGUUUGAGGGUUUGUUGAGAAAUUGGUUGGCAUUAGUACUUAUAGCCUGACAGGAGUAUCCUAAGCCCAGCCCAAAUCGGAACGGUAUUCAUGAAGCAACUAUAAAUGCAAAUCCAUAAUCCUUCCUCCUCACAUAGCCUACCUGUUCAGGUCAUACUGUCGAUUUCUGAAUCCAAGCCACUACAUACGUGCACCAUCAUGUCUUUUCCAGCGAAGAACACGAAUGCCCCCCGAAACUUCUCCAGCGCCAGCGCCGCGGGAAACCCGCAGCAAAGGGGUAUCGUAUCCAGGGCCAGCAGCCUGUACGGGGACGCGGGUUCCAAGCCCGUAGCGGCCAGCGUACCUGUGCUUUCAAACGCGCGGCCGGAGAUUCCCGGGAGUCCGAGACCUGAUGACAAGGAAACCAUGAAGGGUCUAAACAACCGUCUGGCUGAGUAUCUGAACCAGGUCAAAGAGCUGGAGCAGUCCAACGGCAGACUGGAGGAGCAGAUACAGGACGUGCUGAACCAGCGGGGAAUCGCCAGCGCUCGCGACUGGGACACCCUCGAGCCUCGGCUGGGCGACCUCCGCAAGCAGGUCCGGGAUCUGACCAUGGGGAAGGCGCGACUCAUGCUGGACCUGGACAACUCCCAGCUGGCCACCGAGGACUUCAAAGUCAAGUUCGAUAGUGAAAAUGCCCUGCGGCAGAUAGUGGAGCUCGACGUCAACAACCUGCGCAAGAUUAUUGAUGACACCAACUUGACUAACAUGCAGCUGGAGAGCCAGGUUGAAGGACUGAAUGAGGAUCUGGUUUACCUGAAGAAGAAACAUAAAGAGGAAGUGGAGCAACUGUGCAAGAAGAUCUCUGAGUCCACCAUCAGCGUGGAGGUGGAUAGCGCUGAGGUUCCUGACCUCAGCGAGAUCAUCGCCAAAGUCCGCAAGCAGUAUGAGAAGACUGCUCAGAGGAACCUAGAGGACACCAAUGCCUGGUACAAGAACAAGUUUGAUACUGUGAAAGCCGAGGAGGCCCACAACACGGAUGCACUGCAGGAGGGCAGGACCGAGUUGAAUGAGCUUCUGAAGCAGAAGCGGAUGGUGGAGAUUGAGCUGCAGACGACAGGCAAUGCGAACCGCUCUCUGGAGAACAUGCUGAAUGACAUUGAAGCCAACAUUGCGCAAGACCUUUCCGGCCUCAACCAGGUCAUCAUCCAGCUGGAGGAGGAGCUGAAAAAAGUUCGCACCCAGGCUGAGUGUCAGGCGCAGGAUUACGAGGUCCUGCUCAAUACAAAGACCAAGCUGGAGGCUGAGAUCAGCCAAUAUGAGCAGCUCCUACAGGAGGUCGACAGUGAGUUUGAGAGCCUAGAGCAUGCGCUGCAGCCAGGACAAAAGGAUGAGCAGAAGGUGCCUGGUGGAGAGGUGAAGGUGGAUACCCCACAACCACCCCCAAAAGAGGGGGCAGAUGGGCCCAGUGUGUGAGCUCACGGCCCCCAGCCAGAUCCAGAGUGUGCUCCUUUUUAAGUCUUUUCAAGCUUUUUUGAUUUUUUUUUGUCACACACACAAAUAUAUGCUGUACUCAUGUGUAGUAAAAUGCUUUUUCUGCCUGCUUCCUGUAUUCCUGGUGUAAUUUGGGUGAAAAUGGUCAAUAAACAGCUUUGAGUCCACAUGUG